AUGUCAUCCCUUGAUAAUAACCUUAGGAAAGAUAUCCUAAAGAAAAAACCAACUCUUAUAAUACCGAAGAAAUCAAGAUUUGAAAAAAAAUGCGAAGUUUUGUAGAAACCUUUAGGAAUAUAUAAGACCUAUAUAAAAACAUUAUUAGGAUUUGAGUUAGAAUUGGAGGAAGACUUUAAUUAUAAUUGUAUUCUAAAGAAUUUCAAGAAAGAUCUAAGUGAAGAUAUUGAAAUAUUUCCUGACUGCGUAUUUAGGUUUCAAUAUGAUUGAUUAUUUUAAUUAGUUUAAUAAACCCAGACUAUAAAUACAAGAACGAAAAUUAAAAUUAAUGUUUAGUUAAUUCAAGUAUCGAAUUGUUUGAAUUACUUUAAUCAGGAUUAAGAAUCAAUUAGAAGUCUAUUGAUGAUCUUUUAUUAUUAAAAGCAAUUGAGUCAAUAUAUUUUAAUUUGCCAUUAUAAGAUGCAUGUUAUCAUUAAAAAAAGGAUCCCACCAUUCUUAUAACAGAAGAUAACCAUGAAUAAAAAAACACAAGGGAUAAAGAUUCGCAAUAACAAAAUUUAUUACCAGAAAAAUCAGACAUUAGGUAUCAUCAAAUUGAUAAAAAUGGUACUUUAACAUAAUUAGAUAGAAUUAAUUAAAAAUUACGUAACUUAAUUAGAAAAAUAGAUUCAUAAUUUACUUUUAAAAGACAUACAUGCAAAUAUCAUGGACUGUUUAACAUUAAAUUAUAAAGAAUUAAAAUAGACUUUGCUAAAAAGAUGGAGAGGAGGUUAAUAUUUGGAAAAUUAAGAUGAUAUAUGGAUGAGAAGUGGUAGUCCUACAUAAGAUGUUUCUACAUUAAUAAGAAAUGCUUUAAUAAUUAAAUUAAAUAAGGUAGGUUUUAAUAUAUAAUCCUUUCUAUCUGGUGAAGGGAAUGAGAUCUUUGUUAUGCUUAAUAUGCAAGAUUGUAAUCUUAAAAUAGUUGCUGAUUAAGGUCAUGUAUUAAAAUAAUUAAAUUUUUGGUUUACAGAUUUGUUUUCCUUAGAACCUGUUGACAAAUCAUUUAGACCUUUAAGAAUUAAUAAUAGAAUAUGGAAAUCUUAAGAUUAUGAUGUUUCAGAGUUAUUCUUAUAUUUAAAACCAUAAAUGAUUAGAUUACUUCAAUAGAUAAAUUUCAAAAGAAUAGCAAGAGAAACAAAUCAAAGUUCAAUUAAUUCAUAAUUAUUUGAAUAUGGUAAAUUAGAUUUUAGUGAGAAAGAUGAUGGUCCUAAUGAUGAAGAAUGGAUAGCAUAUCAUAAAUAUUUGACUCAUUUAGAAAAAUGUGUUAGAUAAUUUAGAUAGAGUUAAUUAAUUGAUAAUGAAUUAGCAUCUUUACUGAAUAAAUAAGUAACUGCUCUUUAAAUAUAUUAAAAAAGAAAUUACUCUAAUAAAGAAAUUCAAAAUUUAAAUUAUUAAAAUUUAUAAGAAUCUAGAAAUUAUGAGCAUUUAGAAAUGAUAAAGUAAAUUGAAUUAUAAACAGAAAGAAUAAUGGAUGAGUUUUCUAAUUUCUAAUUUUCAUUAUAAAUUCCUAAAGUAAAAGCAUUAAAAUUAUUGAAAAAAGAAUCAGUUUCUUUAAAUUAUCUUUAUUCUUUUUAAGAAGCUCUAAGAGUUGCAAAUGGUGAAUAAAUAAAAUUAUAUAAUUUAUGGGAAAGAUCAGAAAUGCCUCCUUUUGAUAUGUAUCAUCCUUAUUAAAUGCCUAAUAAAGAGAAUACAAAAACAUAAUAAGCAAAACAAGAAUUAAGUUGGAGGAAAUAUGUAAAGAAUGAAAAUAAUGAGAUAUCAUUAUUCUCAUCUUAAGAGAGAUUAAAAUUAGUUUAUCAAAAAGUAUCACAAGAAUUAGAUCUCAGUAUUAUGCAUUAAUUAGGUAUUAUUAAUUAAAUAUUCUGUCUUAAUGAUCAUUAUGAAUUAUUUGGAUAAUGUAGUAAUUUAUAGGCUUAGAUAACUUUGGAUACAAGAUUUUUUAAGAAGAAACCAUUUUAAUUAAUUGAUGAAUGGAAACUUGAUUAUUUGAGACCUUGGAUUAGUCCUUGUGAUUUAAUAUGUGGAUAUUAUGGAGAAAAAAUUGGUCUUUAUUUUUAUUUUAUGAGUUAUUUUACUGAAAUGACUACUCCUAUAGCUUUUUCAGGUCUUGCUUGUAGUUUAAUUUAAUGGAUAAUUUGGGAUAAUGAAAGUGAUUUUUACAUUUUAGUUACUAUAAUAUUUGCAUUUGUAUAAAUUUAAUGGAGUAAUGUUUUUACAGAUUUAUGGAAAUAGAAACAAAUUUAUUUUAAUUUAAAAUAUGGUUAAAAUGAUUAAGAUUAAUAAUAAGUGUAAAGAUCAAAAUUUAAAGGUAAACAUAUAAGAUCUUUAGUUAAUGAUUAAUUAAAUUCAAUUGAAGUAUUAUAUAGUGAAUAUUUGAAAAGAACUUUAGUUAGCUCAAUGUUACUAUUUUUUUUUAUAUUAUUUUAUAUUGGUAUAAUAGUAUCCUUAUUUGUUUUUACAGUUUAAUUGCAUAAUAAAUAUUCAGAGGAACUUAAAUAACUUGAUAUAGCUACAAUAGAAGUUACAUCAGCUGCAGCUAUGAAUUUUAUAGUUUAAUUAAUUGCAGACAAUAUCUUUGACAAAAUUGCCUGUUAAUUAACUGAAUAUGAAAACUAUAAAACUGUUGAAGCAUAUGAAACAAGCUUUGUAUUAAAGAAAUUUAUUUUUUAAUUUUUCUCAUAUAUAGCUCCUCUUUUAUUUUUAGAAUAUUUGAAUUAACCACUCAAAUUAUAUUGUUCACUUACAAAUUGUGAAAGACAUGUUAAAUAUUAUUUUUCUACUAUUGUAAUUUUAAUUCUAUUUAAGUAAAUUGUAAAUUUCUGUAUAUUUUUAUUUAAACUAACAAAAAUUAAAAUAAAAAAUUAUGAUUACAAUGAAAAUGAUAUUAUGGAUUUUGUUGAAGAAUAAUCAUAAAGAUAACCUUAUUCCUAAGAUUUUGAGAGAUAUGGUACAAUGUAAGAUUAUAUGGAAUUAUUCGUUCUUAUUUCUUUUUUAAGUAUAUUUGGAUAUACAUUUCCAUUUAGCUUUUUUAUUUUAUGGAUAUCCAAUAUUAUGUAAAUUUAAGUCAAAAAAAAUACAUUUUUGUAUUGUUUAUAAAGACCAUGGCCUAAAAAUGAAAGUUCUUUAGGAAUUUGGAAUUAUUUUCUUGAAAUUAUCAGUUUAUUAUGUUUAUUAACAAAUACUGGUGUAGUAACAAUACAAUAUAAUAAAUAAUUUGGUUAUGAACUUAUUAUAGUAUUUUUAGCUGUUUUAAUAUUUAAUUGUUUUGGUAAAUUUUUUAUUGGUAUAAUAUUUGGAUAAAUUCCAGAUGCUUUGAAUGACCUUAUGAAAAGACAUAAAUAUUUAAUAAAAGCAACCCUUUAAAAUAAAAUUAAAGAAGGAAAAUCUUAGGAAAAUAAAGAUGCUUUAAAAAGAUUUCCUAUUUUAAAAGUUUAUGGUACUUUAAAUUCUGCAGAAUCUGGUAAAUUUGAAACAGUCAGUUCUGAUGAUGAAUUACAUGAUCAUUAUGAAAUACCAGAAAUCAAAUAAAAAUUAGAUAUUAUUAAAGUUGAAUAAUUUACUAAAAAUUUAGAUAAACAAUAUUUAGGUGAAUUUUAAUUUACUAAAAUUUUGGAAUAUUUUAAUUAAAGAGAAUAGAAUUGGGCUUUUAAAUGUGUAUUUAAAAAUUAAAAGGAAAAAUAAAAACUUAGAUUAUUAUUAAAAAUUUAUUCUUUAUUAUAUAAAGCAUAAAUUUUAACUAAAUAUAGAUAACUUUGGACAGAUAGAAGAGUAUCUUAAAGAUUUGUUCAUAUGAGAAGGAAAAUAAUUUAAUUAAGAAAUUUAGAUUAUAGAAGAUAUUUGAUAAUCUCAUCGAAACUUAAUUUAAUGAGAACUUAUUAUGAUGAAAAGGCUCAAUAAAGGUUUAGAAAAGAUUUCUAAUUGAUUGGAUAAUAGGUAGAUGAAAAUGGAGAAGAAAAUAUAGAAUAUACAAAUUUAGUUAAGAAAUAUCAGAGAUAUGUUGAAAAACAUGCAUGGUUAAAUACAAGAAAAGUAAUUCUACUUAAAAUAAAAGCAUUAACUUUUAAAGGAUUUAGAAAAUAAGUUUUUAAAAAACCAUCACUAUAAUUAAUUUAAGAGUUUUAUAAAAUUACAUAAAUUAUUGAAGAUCUUGAACCAGAAAAUCCAUUAUAACCAGAAUUAGACUCUUAAAUUGAUUAUUCAAAUUUAGAAAAAAUAAAAUUUUCUGAUUUUAUUGAUAUUUUCAAUAAUAUUGAAUUAAAGUAAUUUUGUUAUAUUAAUUUUAAGAUAAAAAGUAGAAUGGUUUUUACCACUAAGUUCUUAAAGAAAUAAUUCAUCAAAUUAUUUUAUUGAAGAAAUGAAAUCAAUUGAAUUCAUAAAUAUAAUUGAUUAAUGUAAAGACUCUUCCAUUUUUCAAAAAACCAAUACAGUACUUGAAUAAAUUAUACUCUCAUAUUUUUAAAUAGAAUAAUUCCCUAUUCCUUAAAUCAAAUUCAUCAAGCAUAUGCAUGAUAAUAUCUGGAUAAUUAAAAUGGGUUAAUCAGAAACAACUUAUUUAUUGUAAUUUUUCUAAAUAAAACAUGGAGAAUAGAUUCAGCUAUAAAAAUAUGCAGAUAAUCACGAAGGAAUAUUAUAUGCUGAAAGUAAGACUUAUUUUAGAAUGGUCAACACUGUUGAUCAGAUAGAUGACUUUUAUAUUAAGGGUUAUUGUAUUUGUAUUUAUGAAGCAUUUGAGACCAAAAGCUUUUUAUAAGUAUUAAAAUACAGGAAAACUUAUGGAAUACCUUAUACAGAGGCUGAAAUCAAAUAAUUUCUCCAUGCCUCCUUAAAUUUAUUAAAAGUUGCUGACUUUAAAAGUUUAUCAAGUCGAAAUAUGUUCUUAAUUAGAGGAGAAUAUCAUAUUUUAAAUUCAAUGACAAAGUUUAAUUCAUUUUUUGAAUUGGGAAAAAUUGUUUUAGAAAUGAUAUAUUUAGAAGAAAUAGAAGACAUUAAACAAUAUUUUGAAAAAUUACAGCAUCCUUUAAAAUGGUUAAUUAAUGAAUUAUUAUUUUUAGAAGAUAAUCUUCAAAAACUUUAAGAUUUUAUUUAAAAAUAAUAUUGUUUUACAGAUAUUAAAUUUGAAAUUGAACAUCAAUAAAAACAAUAAUCAACUUAAGGAUUAUCAUAUUAAACAUUUACUUGGUCAAUGUUACAUAAAAUUAAUUUAAAUUUCAGAAUGAAAUAAUUUUAUGAUGCUUUACUUUUAACUUAAGAAUAUGAAGAUUAUAUAAAGAAAGAAGUAUAUUAAAUUAAGGAAAAUACUUUUUCUUAUUUUUGCAUAUAAUUAAUAGAAGAUUUAAAUUCAUAUUUAUUAUCAUCUCAUUCACUUAAAAGAAAUCUUGAUAUGAUAUUGAUAUACUACUAUUAGAUUGCAACUAAAUUUUAAAUAAAAUAUGAUAUAACAAGAUAAUUGAAUUAUUUUAUUGACAUCUUAAAGAAAUUGACUAUAGAAUUAAGACUAAUAAUAAAGUAAUUGAUAUCAAAUAUCAAUGUAGCAAAUUUAAAUUAAACUGAAUAAUGUAUUAUUCUAAAAACAAUAUAAAAUGAUUCAGAAUAAUCUUCUUAAUUAUUAUCUAAACAAAGAUAAUUAUUACUUAUGUAAUUAAGAAAAAACCUUAAUCUUAUAGACAAUAUAUUAGUAUUUGAAUAAUAAGUAAAUCGAUUCCUUAAUUAAUUUUAUGCUUUAUUUACUUUAUAAUAAUAUUAUAGUGGACAUUAUGAAUUUGCCAAAUUGGCAAUCUCUACUAUUAUUGAAACUUAAUAAAAAAUCAUGCACAAAUAAAAGCUUCCUGAAAUUUUGAGUGAAGCCUAAGAAUUAAGUCCAAGUUAAUUUAAUUUUGAUUAAUUAAGUCCUGGUAUGGAGAGGGAAGAAUAAGAAAUAGUUCAUGAAGAAAUAUGGGUAUUUAAUAUAAAUUCAGAAAUAAAAACCAAUCCUCUAUAUGCAAUAUAGUAUGUUUAUUAUCUCUACUUAUAAGUAAUAAUAUUACAUGAUUGUAAAAAUGAAUUGUUUAACUUAAAAUAAAAAGAAUUUCUUGAUUAUAAUUUUAAAGAUGUUCCAGCAUAUACUUAUUUCCAAUAAUUAAUUUCUUCACUUUAAUUUAAUUUUUAAAUCACUCAAAAAAAUGUACAAUUCUUUUAAUAAGAGUCCUAAUGUGAAUUAGGUAAAUAUAACAUAUUAUGGAUUAAAACUAAUAUGGAAAAUAAAUAAUAUAUUUAGUCAGAAUUAGAAGAAUCAACUAAUAUGGAGUAUAAUUGGAGAUAAAUAUUAUCAUAUAAUAAUUUAAAAUGUAGUUCUUAGAACAAAACUGUGUUACUAUAUAUCCUCAAAUAAACCUCAACCAAUGAAUAAAUGAAAAUUCUUUUGAAUAUAAGAGUUAUUCAUUUUCUUUUAAAGUUGUAUGAUUAUUGUCCAAUUAACUUAAAGUAAAAAGUCAAUAUAUUAAAUAAAGAUUAAUUAGGUUAAUUAAAUCUAGAAGGUACAUCAAAAAUACUCUAAUUAUAAUAAUUGCAUAAAAUAUAUACGUUAGGAGUAAAAAUAGAUUAUUUUUCCAAUCUAAAUAAUGAAACCUCUUCAUGGAUAUUUCAUUAGGGUUUAAUAUAAUUAAGAAUCUUUAUCUAUUAAUCUUAUUGUUAUAGUUUUUCAAAAAGACAUUUUGAAAAUAUUUCCACUUAUAUCAAUUUUUAAGAGGAAAUAUUUACUUAAAUUUCUAAAUUAAUGAUAUAAGGAGACACAAUAUUUUCAAAAGCUAAGAAUUAUUAAAUACUUUAAUAUCCAAUGGAUAAUAUGUUAAUUAAUCCUUAAUCUGAUUAUUUUGGAUAUCAUUAAUAUUUUUUAACAUAAACCAGAAUUAUGCUUCUAUAAAAAAAGAAACUAUUAGAUAUUUAUAAAUGUUUCGAGUAAUAUAUGAAUGAAAAUUUUAAAAACUCAAUAUUCAUUUUAGGUUUAAUAUAAAUAUAUUAUGAAUUUGAAGAGAUUGAUAUGGCUAAUUUAAUAGUUUAUUUUACUAAGAAAUUAUUAGAUAGUAAUGCAAUAAUCUUUACUGAUGCUCAUGAAGGAUUUAAAAAAGAUUUAUAAAUAAUAGAAGCUGUUUUAAAAUAAAAAAGUUAAUAAUUAAUUAAACCUCCAUAUAAUAGACUCUAUCAUAGAAAUGAUUUUAUUGAAUAUUUUGAAGAUGAAACAUUAAAUGCAAGAUAUUUUCUUUUCAAUUUACCAUAUUAUUUUAAUAUUCAAUUUUCACAAUCAAUUAUAGAAGAUUUCAUAGCUGUUAGUCUUGUUAAAUUGAGUUUACCUUUAUAAUAAAUGUUGAAAACUGCUUAUUGUUCAAUUAAAGCAGAAUGUGGAGAUGAAGAAAUCUUAACAUUAUUAAAGAUGUAUUUAUUAUAUAUUAUAAUAGAGUAAGUGAAUAUAAAUUUUUAGAAGGUAGUUUGACUUGGGCAUUCCAUUUACAUUUUAUGUGCAGAUAUUAUAUAUCUAUGAUAGAUAUGGAAAAGGCAUACGAUUAUUCAAUAUUAUUAUUGUCAUAUUUAUAUUAAUUAGAUCUACAAUAAGGUUUUUAUAUAAAGGAGAAUAAAAAUGGAUUUAAAAAUCAUUUUGUAAUAUUAAUUAUUUUAAAUUUAGAUAUGUUUUUAGUCAGAAAAGAAUAUAAUCAAAUAAAUUUGUUAACCUAAAACUAUCCUAAUAACAGAAUCAAUUGAAGAUACUUUAUUUGAUAAUGUUAAUGAUGAAUUUUUUGUCAUGGAAUGCAUUAUUAAUCAUUUAGAGAUUUUAUCUAGAAGCUAAUUUUAGAUUCCCCUUUUAAGUCUAUUACUUCAAUUUCAAUUAAAAUUAUAAAAUUAAAGACAUAAAAUCUACUUUUGGAAAGUCCUCUCUUAUUUUUUAAAUAGAAUUGCUACAGAAAAUUUGAUUCCAGAUGUAAUAUCACAACUUUAAGAAGUCAAAAAAGAUCGUUUAUAAGAAUUGAAGGAUAUUAGAAGAUUGAGUAAAAAGAAAAGAAAUGCAAAAAUUUUAUUAAGAGAAAUUACUUAAUAGGAAUUUGAAGAAUUUGAUUAUUAAAACAAUCUUAUUACAUUUUAGAUGAAUCUAUAUAAAUUAGAUGAAAAUUCAAACCAAAAGAUAUUUAUACUUUUAUCUUGUUAAGCAGCUGAAAGAGCUUUAACAGGAUAUUCAAAUUAGUGUAAAGAUAAGAAUAAAAUAAACAAACAUCAAAUUAGUGAAUUGAAACUUUUAUUGGCUUAAAAUUAUAUAUGGAUGAAUCAAAAUGGAAAUGCUACAUUAACUUUAAGUGAAGCUGAGGAUGUAAUUGUUGAAUGGUUUGGUAAAAUCAAACAUCCAAUUAAGGGUCUCUAUUUUUAUAAUUUGGGAUAAAUAAAAUUAUCUAUAUAUUAAUAAAUCCUUAAGAUUUUAUAAAUAUUUAUUGAGGAAUAUGCAUUUAAUAUGUUGGAAAUGAAAUUAAUCAUUUAAGGAUUAGCAGUUAUGAAACCUUUAUUAUGGAGAUAAAUGGAUUUAUUUAAUGCAGGUUAAAUUCAAAGUUUAAUUCCUUUUUUUAAAAAUUAUUUAUUAGAUGUUGCUGAUGAGUCUGUUUUUGAUUGUCCAAAAAGUAGAUAUUCAACAAAUGAUGCUAAAAUAAUUUUAGAUGAAGUUUUAUAAAAUAAUAUGGCAUUUGAUUUAUCAGGAAUCACUGAAUUUAUAGAUGUAUUUUUAUAUUUAUAUAAUUUUAGGCUGAAAAUUGUUUUAAAUUGUUUGAGGCAGAUAAUUUUUUAACAAAAGAUUUAUCGAAUUAGAUAUUCAGAAUUUAAAAUGAGAAAUUAUAAAAUCAAGCUGAAAGAAUAUGA